AUGGAGCCCGGAGCCAGGCCGAGCGGCUCGGGCCGGGGUGGGAAUGGCGCGGAGGAGGGAGGUGCCCGGGGGACGCCCGCCCCCCGCCGCACGCGCACCUGGAGCCGCGACGGCUCCAGGCUGGGGACUCCGAGCGGCCGGCCCCGCCCCGCCGCCUCCCUGCCCGAGCCCCUCUCCGCCCGGGGCGGCCAGCUCUCUACGCCCGGGGCCGCCGCGGGGACCGUACGCUGGGUGGCCGCGAGCGGGGCCCAGGUGGCGCCGAGGAGAAGGACGAGCGACGCGCGGACCUUUGUCCUCCCUGCGUCCUCCGCGCGGCCUGCUGGCCGGGGCCAGCUCCCCGGGAGCGAAGGUUCUGGAGCCGGAUUCCGGGGGUGGUCUCCGUGA